AUGGCUGCUAAUGAAGUCCGAGGUAAUCCGGAAGAGAGUUUUUCUAUGAUACACUCCUAUAUUUACAUGCUUAAGUUGAAGAAUCCUGACUCAGUAAGCUAUGUUGAAGUGGAUGCGGCGAAAAGAUUUAAGUAUCUAUUUUUCGCAUUUGGAGCUUCCAUCGAAGGGUUCGCAGCGAUGAGGAAAGUUAUCAUUGUGGAUGGAACACAUCUUAAGCAUGUUUAUGGUGGAGUUCUGCUUGUUGCGACGGCUCAAGAUCCUGAUCGUCACCACUACCCUAUCGCAUUUGGUGUAGUUGAUGGUGAGAAAGACGAAAGCUGGACGUGGUUUAUGAAUAAGUUGAGGUCAAUGACAUCAGAUGAAGGCGAAUUGGUGUUUCUUUCGGAUAGAAAUGGAAGCUUGAUCAAGUCAAUACGUGAGGUGUUCCCAAUGGCUGCACAUGGGUAUUGUAUCUGGCAUUUGUCUCAAAAUGUCAAAGGACAUGUUUUCAACAACAGAGACGCUUGCACAAGCAAGUUUACAGAGUGUGCACAUGCUUAUACAGUGGCUGAGUUCGAUGAUUUCUAUGAUGCCUUUUCCAGAAGGUAUCCUUCUGCUGCGGCGUAUCUGGAGAAAAGUGUUGAAGUGAGAAAAUGGGCAAGAUGUUACUUUGAAGGAGACAGAUACAAUGUUAACACAACUAAUGCAGCAGAAUCCAUUAAUGGUGUUCUUCGGGAAGCGAGGAAAUUCUUCAUGCUACCGAUGAUUGAUGUUAUCAUCAAGAAAAUGACUGAAUGGUUUAACAAACAUAGGAAUAAGGCAGCUGAAAUACCAGUCACAAAGAAGCUUGUGCCAACAGUGGAAAAUGAGUUGUCAAAAAGAUGUUUGGAAGCGAGGUGUUUAGAUGUUGUUGAGAUAAACAACUUCCACCUUGAGUACAAUGUCAAUGGUAGUGACGGAAAGAUUUAUACGGUUGAUUUGGCAAGAAAAAUGUGCACCUGCAUGUGUUUUGAUAUAGACAAAAUCCCAUGUGUUCAUGCUGCUGCUGCUGCCAAGUUCUUGAGCGUAGGAAGAGAUCUUCAUCUACAAGAGUUUUGUUCGAAAUACUAUUUGGUGGAGUUGUGGGCAUUGGCAUAUUGUAGGAUGAUUUAUCAUGUUCCUCAUAUGUCUGAAGGGGUCAUACCUGAUGAGAUUCGAGCACUUAAAGUUCUUCCCCCGGUAUAUGAAAAAAAAAGAAAGGACCCACUCAAAAGCAAAGGUGUCCAUCAGCCGGAGAAUCUCGUGGAUGAAGAAGAGGACGCGGAAGGGGAAGAGGCAGGGGCAGGGGAAGGAGAGGCGGACGUUUGUAUGAGUUUUAAAUGUGGAAGUACUUCUGCCACCACUGAGUAA